UGAAGAUUAGAAAAAUGGUACCCAAAUCAUCAAUGGAAAUAUUAGAUCUAUGAGAUGACGCUAUUGAUAGUGAUGGUCAUCAAAAGCUACCUCAUAAUCUGAAGAUCUUUGGUAGGAAAAAGACAAGGAGGAGAAGUAUGGAAGUUCAACCAAAAUAAGAUCACUAAAACUGUUAUCAUUAAUGGCCCUUUCAUCGAUCGAGAAGAAAAACAGAACAACCUAAAACUACAGAAAAUGCGAUCAAUAAAAUAUACAGGGUCGACAAGGAGCUUUAGAGCAGAAGAGAUUUUAAGGAAGGAUAGCACUGGAUUCUUGAAGAACUUUUCAGAGUUAAGAAGAGCAAUUCCUCCAUUUUAUCAUUAUAAAAAUAGAAACAAGCCUUAUAUGGAUUUCUUACAGAGCAGCAUGCACACAAUCUCUCAGAAUGACUCUGCUCUUAGUCCUGAUGAUAAUGAACAUUCUCCAGAAGUGACGUCACCCAAGCAAAUAGCUUUUGAGAACUACCUUCGGAGCACAGGCAAAUACAAAACUCAGCUGCAAAAUAUAAAAACCCGAAAAGCGCUUAAUAAGGUAUUUAAUAGCAAGAACUAUGAUGAUAUCUUGGGUGAGAUGCAAAUCAUACUUCAGAAAAAGGAGGAUAUUAAUGUCUUACUCGAGAAGGCAAGAAAAGCAGGAAUGGCUUCGUUAGAAAAUCAUACUGACACUGCUUUUGCUAAAGUCAAAACUGAGUUAUAUGAUCUUGAUAGAUUUAUUGAAAAAUAAUAGUCAUGGACUCAAACCAGCAGAAACAAUCCAAUUCAUUGGUGGGAAUGGAUUUGACCAAAGAGAAAUAAUUGAAAAAGAAAACAUUGAAAUCGAAGAAAUGCUCAAAAACCUCAAAAAUACCUUAAAAGAAUCAACCCAGAAAGGACGAAAAAGAGGAAGAAACCUCAGCAGUACCGCUUUAGACACUAACCCCACACUAAAACUUGACUCACCCAAUAAAAAGGCUAAGAUCAGUAAACGAAACACCCUAAUCAAUCCUCCCACUCCUUCCAUCCUCCGCCCAGUCUCUCCCACUUCCUCCUCCAAUUCCUUAUUCCCCAAAAUAAACCCCCUCAAAAUCCUCAAAGAAGAGACCAAAUCCGAAGUCAACAAGAACCUGUGCCUGGUCUCUCCUCAAAACUUACCAUCAACAAACCACGCUUUGUUGCAGAUUCAGAAGAAGUUCAGGAAGAAGUACAAGUUUGCGAAGCCCCACAGGGCUUCGCAGUCUUUACUUGCGCUUAAGCCUCUUUUUCACUAGAACAAAUUGUCAGUG